UCCAAUAUCUGAAAGUAAUUUUUUCUGAUGUUACUUCCGUUUAUAAAUGCAACAGUCAAUCUAUUUAUUAUAAUGAUAGUGCUCAUUAUUAUUGCCUUCAUAAAUACACCAGUCUUUCUUUUGCGAACAUUGAUCAAACAUAAUGGAACCUUUUUUACUGCAAAUGCUUCAUAUUCUGAGGACGUAACUCCCAGAAUCAUCGGAGCAGUAUAUCCACCUGGAUUUCUCACGUCUAAUGCGCACUUAUGUCCGGGGAAAGGAACAAAUAUAUCUCUUCUUAUAGCCGUGUUCUCAACACCAUCAUUGUGGAUGUCGAGAAAUAUCAUAAGAAAAACUUGGGGACAGUAUACAAGGCGGCACGACGUGUCCGUUGUGUUCUUCAUUGGAUUCACCACCAACGAAGUGACCACAAAAUACCUAGAAGUGGAGCAAGAGUGCUAUGCUGAUAUCGUACAAGGAAGAUUUUCAGACUCCUAUCACAAUCUGACAUAUAAAACACUCUCGAUUCUUGAAUGGGUGGAAGGUUUUUGUCCGAAAGCAGAUUUUCUCCUGAAAACGGACGACGAUGUCUUCGUUCACGUUGAGAACACCUUGAAAUUAAUUUCUGCACUGGACAGAAAUGCCAGGAGAAUCUAUGGUAGUAUCGUCAAGAAAUUGGAACCUUAUCGGGAUAUGAAAAUAAAAUACUUCAUUUCUAAGAAACAGUAUAAACUAGGAAGGUUUCCAGAUUUCACAGGUGGACCUGGUUACCUGAUCCCAGUACGCUUGGUUCCAGAGCUGUACUCAGCUGCACUCAAUUUUCCGUUUUUAAAAGUGGAGGAUGUUCUUUUCACAGGCAUAAUAGCUAGAUUUCUCGGAAUAAAACUGGUUCAUAUGUCGAAUUUUCACAGUUCUAGGAUUUCCUUAUCGAACUAUGAUAUAAGGAAAGCCAUAAAUGUACACAGUGUAUCAAGAAGUGAGCAGCUUCUUAUGUGGAGGAUGAUUCACAGUCGAGAAGUGAAUAGAUUAGAAUUCGAGCAAACAAUAUUUUUUUCCAUCAAAGAUAUGAAUUGAUUGUAGGGUGAAUAAAAAUAUGUUUUCAUAGUAUUUCUUCAGGCAGGCCA